GCCUGAGCUGUGUUUUGUGGAAUCCUAUUGUGCUGCUGAGGAUGGAAUGCUAAAGACAGAAACAGUAAAGAAUGGCUAUCCGAGAACUGAAAGUUUGCCUUCUGGGGGAUACAGGCGUUGGAAAGUCAAGUAUAGUUAGCAGAUUUGUCCAAGAUCAUUUUGACCACAAUAUCAGUCCAACCAUUGGGGCUUCAUUUAUGACGAAGACUGUUCCUUCUGGAAAUGAGCUGCAUAAAUUUUUGAUUUGGGAUACUGCUGGUCAAGAGCGUUUUCAUUCCCUGGCACCAAUGUACUACAGAGGCUCUGCUGCUGCAGUUAUCGUAUAUGACAUCACAAAGCAGGAUACCUUUCAUACACUAAAGAAAUGGGUAAAAGAAUUAAAAGAACAUGGACCAGAGAACAUUGUUAUGGCCAUUGCUGGAAACAAAUGUGACCUGUCUGACACUAGGGAGGUGACUAUGAAAGAUGCCAGAGAAUAUGCAGAAUCUAUUGGAGCAAUAGUUGUUGAAACCAGUGCUAAGAAUGCCAUUAAUGUGGAGGAACUCUUCCAAGGAAUAAGUAGGAGAAUCCCACCACUGGAUCCCCAUGAGAAUGGCUCCAAUGGGGCAAUGAAACUUGGAAGGCAAUCUUUCCAGUCAACGACAAGAUGCUGCUGAUAAGGCCAAUAAGACAAAUAAAGAAAAUGUCCUACGUAGUGAAUAGGAAAGAUCUUAUCAGUGAGCUCUACACUGAAAAUCCUGCCUCAUAUGACAUAAAUGCAAAAGGACGCAGUGAAAGGUUUUACUAAGACAAAACUGAUCACCAUACAAUGAGAUAUGUGGUUGUUUACAGAAAUGGUCAUCAUUACAUUUCGUAUUUCAAAAAAUUGUGUUUAGAAGGCAUGCAGUAUUUCCAUUGUAGAUAUGUGCCUAUAUGGCUGAAUUGAAAGGGCUUUUAAUAUUCUAUCAAUUACGGGAUGAUUUAUUGGAUGUAGCAUUUUUUUUUCUCACAAGUGGUACUGAUAGGUUUUAUAACAUUUUGUUCCAAUGCACAAAAUAAUUGGAUGAAUUGUUACACUCCACCCUUUCAUCAAGGGUUAACCAUUUGGAUUGAUAUUAGUGCUCAGGGCUGCUGCUGAGUUUCAAUAAGUACUAAUAGCACAUAAAAAAAUGAAUGUGUUUUACUUCUCAAAGUAGUCAAACACAUUUAUACAGCAGAAUCCUAUCAGUGUUGAUAAGUGUCUAUUUAUUAAAAACUUUUUUAACUGUC